GCUCCUCCCAACACAAAUAUACUCAAAGCAUAACCCGACGAAAACAAGGAAGUAACGAGUAAAAAAGACGAGGAACUUUCAGCAAACCUUGUAUUUAUUGUCAAAUAAACGCAGAAUUCGGUCUGUUGAAAUUCUCGUCCUCUAUAAUAGUUUAUCUACAGUGAAGAACAAUGAACAACAAAGGUUCAUAUCCACAAGCUGUUUACCCUCAGCAGAGCACAGCACCCGUUUACCCGCCUGCUAUGCAAGUCCCUCCUCAGGUGUCUCCAUAUCCAGAUGCCCCUCCUCCAUACUCUGAGGUUUAUCAGCCUAGGUAUAUGGCUCCUCCCCAGGCCCAUGGACAGAUGCCCCCAAUGACCUCAGCUUACCCUGGUACUCAGAUGUACAUGCCCAUGCAUGCUCAGUCUAUGCCAAUGGGGGCCAUGGCCCCCAGUGUCCCGAUGGCAUAUUAUCAGAUGGGGCCCGUGUACCCCCCUGGUUCCACUGUCAUGGUGGAUGGUGGAUUCGAUGCUGGAGCUCGCUUUGGGCAUAGCACCAGUACUUCCAUUCCUCCUCCACCUCCUGGACACCUCCCUAACGCGGCUCAGAUGGCAGCCAUGCAAGGUGCAAAUGUUGUGAUGACACAACGUAAGGGCAACUUUUUCAUGGGUGGCUCCGGCGGCGGUUACACCAUCUGGUAACAGUGAGCACCCCCCUGGGCCUGGACCGAAGCCCUCCUUCCUUCUCCCUGGUUCCCUUUACCUGUUCUCCCACCCCUGCCUCCCUUGGGGCUGCUUGGCUAAGCCACAAUACUGAUUUAAUCUAAUGGAAUGUAAUGUUUUAGAGCCCCUUACUCAAGGUACAGUACGCCGCUAUUGGUAUAAUUGUGUAAUAUCACAGUUACAUAAAUGUAUAACACAAUUAUUGUGUAUUCACAAUUAAAAAGCGCACGAUAAUUGUAGGUUUGAAUUUCUAGUGAUCACAUAUUCAUUUGCCAUAAUUUAGAGUAGACAACUUUUAAGGUGAAGACCAGGUCAUUUUUUUCCUUUGACACUGGCGUACCUCUUACAACUUCAUUUUUAAAGGACAUUUUCUAGUUUUUGGUUGUCUUCUUAAGCCAGAGAACAUGCCAAGAGAACUGCCAAGAGUCAGUUUGAUCAUCUGUGUAAAGUAGCUAUGCACUUGUAACUUUCUCUUUGAAUAGUAUGCUUAUCUACACCUUUCAUUCAUAUUAUUAAGGUCUUGUCAAAUAUGUAAAAUGCAGAUUUAAGCACUCUAUCAAAGAGACAGGUGUGUUUACAAAUUCAGACAAUGGCGGCGUAUUGUACCUUUGGGCAAGCUUAUAUAAAUAUUAUCAGGUGCCAAAACUGCACCAUUAUUUAAAAGCAAAGGAAUUUACAUAUGAAUGAACCUAAAUGCAGUAAAAGAGAGCACGAACAAGAUUAACUAAACUGGUUCAGAAAAGUCAGAUUUUUUUUUUUUCCAAUAUUUUCCCUCCAAUGUCGGAUACCCAGAGCUGUACGUAUAGCAGUUUCACCUUGUUUAGCGCGUGUUAUGUGUGUUCCAGCUAUAUGUGCUUCUACACAAACUUUUUAGACAUUUUCCACAAAGGUAAAGCUAUUUACAGAGGUCAGGGCUCAAUCAAGAGACAAUUUAUUUUCAGUAUUUUAAAUGGUUUGGCACAUCAAGCUUUUUUUUUUUUUUUCGUGGGAGGCUGCUUGUACCAAAGAUCUGGACAAGAAUGCACUAAAAGCUUUUCGCUUUUUGUAAGUCUUCUCUCAUAGUACAUCUGCAAACAGAUCCAUUCUGAAAUAAACAAACAUCAUAUUUAGAUGAUGGUGAUUGCUUUCCGGGCAGAGCACAAGACUGCUGUGACUGCAUUUUCUAGGGGUUUGUGUUUUAAAAAUAUAUCAAUGUUUCCUAGUUGCAUCUUGAUGUUUCUGCAUGCACUUUUCAGUAGUUUUGUUCUUAAUAAAGUGUUAUCAUUGUUACAUUUUUUUAGGAGUACUACAAAAUUAAUUUAUGUGCACUGUCAACCAAUUCUGAAAUGUUUUUGCAGAUUUCUUUUGUACAUAUGCUUUGAAAUACAAAUAGCGUCAGUUAUACUUGUUGCUGCAUUGAUGAUUUUUCAAAGCAGUGCGGUGAUACGUAGCAGCAUAUACAACGGCUGAGAAAUUGUGGUGUUGAUUAAAGGGAUUAAAGUUUUCCUCUCUCUCUCAUCUGUAAUGUGAUUUAGAAAUGUUUCGCAUUAACAUUACCUGAUAAAAAAGGACAACCUCACAGAAUGCACUGAGUUACACCAGCAGUUGUCUCCACUGCUUUUUGCGCUUCUGAUAAAUUGAAUUGCUAAUCUUCAUUUCUACUCCCAACAGUGAUAGAAUGGCAGAAAGUUCUGUAGCAGUUAUCUGUAUUAGAUGUGAGUGUAAAUCUAAAAUGCUGCUUAUUUUGCUAGAUAGCACAGAGGUGAAAUGCUUAUAAAUGCUCACUCAAAUUUAUUCUCCACACAGUAACUGGUAUCAAAUAUUUUUUUGUCUCUAUACCAUACAUAUUUUCUGAUUUAAUUAAAGAAAAAAAUAGGACAUUUUAUGCUAGCCUGGCAAAUGGGGCUCAUUUUUAGGCUUUAGAUGUAUCAGGUGCAUCACUGGGUAUCCGACACUACAGUACAGUUCUAAAGGUUUUGCCCAUUAGAAUACAAAAGACCAUUCAGGUAGAUUUUCUCUCUGCAAAUAACGGAAAAAACGAUUUUGAUGAUGUUAAAAAAAACACACACACAAAAACAAAAAACAUGCCAAGUAUGCUGGCAUUGCCUUAGCACCAUUUCUAUAAUUUUCUGUGAUGUAGGUUUUUAUUUUAGUAUGAAACUUCUGAGCUGGUAGUUUCACAUUCAUUCCUAACCUGACUUUAUCAUUCCUUAUUUAAAACUCAUUUCAUUUAUGCUUACUUCGCUAGGAAAAUAACAUAAGGCAAAAAACAUGAGGGCAAAGCUUUCAGAGCUCAAUUCCUGUUUCAAUCUUAGCGCAGCAUUUUAUCAUGGCAUGUGGCACCGUGUGUUUGUGUAUGCAAUGUAGCGGAUACACUGCUUAUCUUGAGCCUCAAUACCAUGACAGUCAUGCGUGGUAUACGUCUAUGUGGGCACUACAGUUCAGGGAACCCUUUGAUUUUUUUUUCUACAUAUAUAUAUAUAAUAUAAAAAGAUUGUGAUGGGUUGUAAUGGAUGCAUACUGCAGCAUCAAGGAACCGAGGUCCUUCCUAGUUUGCUACAUGACAAAAUGGUCUCCAGUGAAAUUGUGGUGCACUUAACUUUUUUUAUACUAAACCUUAAGUAUAAAACAAAAUUUAGAAUAAAAGCUAUUUUGAAUUUUGACAA